ACUGCAGGAGAUGUUUGCGAAUACUGUCAGCCUUGUUCCCAGCUUGUUCCUAGUCGGCAUCAUCGCUUCGUGGCAAAUGGUUACUCCCUUUUAGGAACAAACCCAGUUUAUUGUGAUUGAUUAAGUGAUGAAGAGAGGGCUGUUAUAGAAACAUCACUGUUCUUUGCGAGAAGAAAAUGGGAUUGUGCAAAUGUCCCAAGAAAAGAGUGACGAACCAGUUCUGCUACGAACAUCGCGUGAAUGUAUGCGAACAUUGCAUGGUGUCACAGCACCCUACGUGCAUCGUUCAAAGCUAUCUCCAAUGGCUGCAAGACAGCGACUACGAUCCAGUUUGUCAGUUGUGUCGAAAAGAGCUCUGCAAUGCAACCUGUGCAAGGCUGCUGUGCUACCAUGUUUAUCACUGGAGCUGCCUAAACGAGCACUGCCAGCAAAUGCCACCCAAUACAGCACCAGCUGGAUAUGGAUGUCCAACCUGUGGCACCGCAAUAAUCCCAGCAAGCAAUGUUGCAUCACCAGUUGCUGAUGCUUUGCGUACAAUGCUGGAAACGGUCACCUGGUCUGGAACGAAGGCUGAAACAGACUCUGGGAUGACUGCACGCCCUGAGCAAAGCUUUGAGAACCUAAAGGCUAAAAUACCAACCCCCAAGGGCAGUCCUCGUAAAUCCGUCUCACAGACGGCAGUAUCUCAAUGGGCAACACAUUCCCCUUCGGCAUCAGACACAUCCCCUCUGCUGCCACCAGGCAAUCACGUUUCUUCCAAUGCCGCCAUGGGUGAUGGUGAAAACAAUGUUAACUACAGCACAGCAGCUGUUACAUCAGCCAGGAAGGCCUUCACAGCCACACAGAGUAGCUUUGUAUCUGCUCCUAAGGACCAUGAUGAAGACAAAUACAAGAGGAGGUCAGGGGUUGAACUGCUGACACGCUGGCUCAAGUCCCAUUCCGUGCUUGGUGGCUCUCGGAGACGAGACCCUUCUGCAUUUUACAAGCGCUGGACCAUUCUGACGAUUCUCAUCAUGGUUGCACUGUUCACCCUGAUCUACUUUAUGCUUCAGUGGGGACGAGCAUCUGCAGACAGUGAUCCCCUUCUCGAUCCCCACUACAACCCGGACAUUCACGUUGCGGAUGAAAUUCGCGUAAGGAACAUGGACGUUGCUGAUGCUGGAAUUGGUGCAAAGAACUAGCUUCGUGCUCUGUAUCUAACCUGACAAUGGAAACUGGAUUUUUUUUUUUGUCCUGUAAUCACUCUGGAGUGGCGCAGAGUGACAUGCCUUAUGGUUAAAGGAAGGCCUGUAUCAUGCAUACACCUUUGUGACGUCGUCCUGGGUAAACUUUUACACAAGGAAAAGCAGAGAAGGUCCUCGCGGAUAAAACAGCAAGAGUCAACACACGCUUUGCUGUGUUGGAGCUUAGAUCUUUUGUAGCGGCCUACUUCGGUGCUGUGAAGAUAGAUCAUGCACUUUUGGAAAUAAAUGUUAAUAUAUUGCA